UUCAUGAUAUACUCCACAGCGAUAAUUUGUAUAAAAGGUGCCGAAUCUUUUCAGUUUUUGGAUCCCUUAUGGAUGGUUACACAAUGCAUGAAGAGCAAAGGUCAACCCAUUAACAGGUCGCCAUAUAUUCUCCCUAACUGAUGUGGAUUACAACGCAAACAAUUUGACAAUCACUAGUUAUGGAUUACGGCUUGAUAAUAACUGGUUUGGUUCUCAAUAGUUUGCUAGGAACGUUCUGUUUGCAAGAACUGGCGAAAGGCUGUGGGAGUAAUGGAAAACAUUGUAUUGGAAGGCCACAUGACUGUAUACCAGAUCCGAGACUGUGCCAGCAGUUGGCAGCGGUGACAACACUAUCCGCCAGUCUAGUGCACGUGGAGCUGCGAUCGAAAGGUCACUUGAACAGAAAUCGUUGGUUAGCACUGGGAUUCUCCGAGGACGAAAACAUGGGACGCGAUGCAGUUAUACACUGCAUUCAAAAUGGGACGUUUACUGAAGCGCAGUUGACAUAUAAUCCGGAACAUCUGAAUAUUCAAGGUUUGCCGCAAGCACCGGUUCAUGUUACCGAAGCCACAGUGGAAGAUGAUGUACUCCAUUGUGCGCUUGAUCUGGAUAAAAAGUUUAUCGUCCAGGAACAGGAAUUUGAUCUCCACAAUUCGCAUCAUUUGUUAUUUUCGACUGGUCCUGUUAAAGCUGGUCAAAUUAUGAAGCACGACAAGGUCCCAAUAAUCAGCACAGAAGCUUACGCAUUCUGAUACCAUUUCCGUUUGCACCUCUACAUCAUCUCGACAUGCGCGAAGGAUUCUUCAGUGCCCGCAUCCUGGAAUUUGAUUUUUUUUCUGGAUUUGUAGUUAAUAUUGUGUCGGUUAAGCAAAAAAUAAAAAAAUAUAUGGUAAGACGGUAAACCAUAGCAUAUAGUUUAAAAAAUAUGGUAUGGUAUGAUUGUAAUAUAAUGUACAGAUAUGAUAGUAAAGUAAUACUGUUGUUCGUCUUACUUAUUGCACUCUGUUUAAUCGAAACUGUACAAAGUGUAUUAUUUGUUCAGGUUGUUACCAUGCACUACUCUGUAGUUCUUCGAAGUAAUGCGUCUGUGUGACUUGAUUACAUUGCACGAAUUACGGUCAAACGCAAACGGAUUGGUUUUUUAUUUGAAUUGAAGCGGGAUGUUUUGUCCUUUCGGCUGCAACCGACUCUUGUGAAUCAAAAAUCUGAUCGCGCAUCGGAACC